UUCGACUGAAGGGAAAGACGAUGACAACGCAUCAAGAGCCAAAGGAAGGCGCAGCCUGCAUGUGCUGCUUUGAUGAACUGCGCAACAAGGUCGGCAGUGAGGGUGAGGAUGAAGAGCCCAUCAACUACGUCGAGUACCGCACAUCGCCGUCCAGCCCGUGGAAGCCAUCCGGCUACUGCGAGGACUGCUUGAGGCAUCUGAUGUCCAUCAAGUUCAACAAGUUCCUCGAUGAUGUCAAAAAGGCAGACUGCGGGCGCAGCCUGCGAAACCUCUUGCUCGCCGGCCCGCCGCUGUACAUGAAGGAUGCCACGGCUCUGCCUGUCGACGAUGACGAAGAUGACAACGGCCCCAAGAAGGCCAACGACGAUGAUGACGGCGACGAAGAGAGCAAGCCGGCAGCGCAGGCAGCGACCAAGGAGGUGACAGAGCUGUGGUUUGCGUCCAGCGAUUCCGAGGCGCCUGCCAAGGUGGACAACGCCGUGGAAGGCACCGAGCGCUCAAAGCUGUGGCUGCAGCUGAUUGUGGACAACAAGGCACGGCUCGACGACUCAACUAGCCUGGACAACCUCAUCGCCACACUCAAGGCAGAGGUUGGCGACGCAGAAUGAGGGGGUGCGUGUGUGUGUGCGUGUGUGUGUGUACAAGUGUACAUGUGUGUGCGUGUGUGUGUGUACAUGUGUGUGUGAAUAAGUGUACAUGUGUGUGUGCGAAGAAGUGUACAUUUCCUGUUUCUGACGGGGCAUACUUGUUCCACCCAUUCCAUUCAUGUCGUUUAUUUCCCGAGGGCCAUGCCGAGCGGUAGUAACUGUUGUAGCGAUAACGGUGAUGUUCGUCUAUCUGUGCUUCUUAAUGGAACUCUGUUUAAACCGUGGAACUUCCUCCAACAAAAAUGUCCUGCGUGUACGUGGACGUGAAUAUGCGUGAAAAUGUGUAAAUGUGUGUGUGUGUGUGUGAGCGCCAACGCACGCGAACCGAAGCAAGCGACGCCAAGGUUGCACCACAGAAG